AUGGGUCCACCAAACGUUUCUUUCAGCUUCGUGCGCAGCGUCCUCCUCAGUGCUAUCUGGCCCACACCCUACCCUAACACCUCAUACGCCGGUAAAACCGUGAUCGUAACCGGCUCCAACACCGGCAUUGGCCUCGAAGCCGCCCGCCACUUCGUACGCCUCGGCGCCGCCAAGGUCAUUUUGGGCGUUCGUAACCUUGAGAAGGGCGAAGCCGCUAAGCGCAACAUUGAGACCUCCACACUGCGACUCGACGUUGUCGAGGUGUGGCAGCUCGAUUUAUCGUCCUUCGCCGGCAUGAAGGGCUUUGUUGACAAAAUGAUGGGCCUGGAGCGGCUGGAUGUCGCAGUUAUGAAUGCUGCGGUGGCGUGCUUGGGGUGGAAUGAGAGCGUAGAGGGGUGGGAGCAGAUGCUGCAGGUAAAUGUGUUAUCGACGGCGCUGCUAUCUCUAUGGGUUCUGCAGAAGCAGCUAGAGUCUGCGAGGGCUCAUCCGGAUUUUAAACCACGGCUUGUGGUUGUUGGGAGCGAGGGGCAUGAAUUAACCACGUUCCAGGAGCGCAAGGCGGAGAAUGCCCUGAAGGUACUAAACAACAAAGAGUAUUUUUUGGACCCGGCGAACGAGUGGGAGCGGUACCCGUUGUCGAAAUUGUUGAUUAUGUACUUUGUCAGGGAGCUUGCAAAGAGGGUGCCGGGCGCCGACACAGGCAAACCUGAAGUUAUAGUGAAUACGGUCAAUCCAGGACUGUGUGUGUCUGAGCUAGGGAGGGAUCAUAGUUUUGUAGCGAAUCUCUUUUCCACGAUUGUGGGGAAGAGUGCGGAGAGGGGCGGUAGAACUCUUCUGGAUGCGGCAGCGCGGGGAGAAGAGAGCCAUGGAGGGUACACCACAUUUUGCCAACUUGUCCCGCCGGCGGCGGUUAUCACAGGCGAGGAAGGCCAAGUUGCGCAGAAGAAGAUGUGGGGAGAAAUUGUCGAGGUGCUGGAAGAGAAGUAUCCGGGGCUUGUUAAAUUCUGCUUGGGCAAUUAG